AGCCGGUUUAUUGAAGGGGAUUUAUUCGGUCUUGCGCUGGAUGUUAAAUUGUUAGCACUUCGAUUGAUUUUUAAUAAUUAUUGGAUGGAAAAUUCCAACAUUGUACACGUGCACUAGCAGAUAAUUAGGCAAAAAUACGAAUACUAUAAGAUAGAACGUCUGUCGACCUGUUUCCUCAACGGCGAUUUAUCUCGUCGUGCGAUACACAUAAGGAAGCGCAUAUGUGACCUCUCCGUUGUAUCACAUAUAGUUCGCAGCGUCAAGCACAGAUUAUUAGUCGUCUCUCAAGCUCACGCUGCGAAGCUCGUUAUUAUUGCAUAUUUUUAAAAAUGUUUACCCAUCGGUGUUCGAGCAGCGUCGUUUUACUCUCGGCAGUGCUGUUAACGGCGUACGUUGCCUCCACGCCAGCCGUCGGACGUGAAAAACGAGACAUAUUAGUGAAGCCUGACGUGUACCGAUGUAAGAAGCACAAAGAAGUCACUUUGACGACGAACGCAGAAAAGCACGGGGACAAGGUUCACCAAGCGGGACAACUCUUAGAAGCCGAGUGUAAGAUCGUAGACAUGGAUUCGACGCACGAAAUUUCAAUUUACUUGGAUGACGAGCCUCUGGAGCUGCUGAAAUCCGACGAUGCAAACAGUCGAAAAGCAUCUCGUGUUCUCGCUGUAAGUGACAACGGAAAGAGAUUACGAUGUGUAGCGUCCGAUAACAACGGCAAACCCGAACAUCUCGAAGCGUCGCGUGAAAUUGAAGUUUAUUUCCCACCGCAGCCUCAAGCGCAGGAAGACGUCGAACGAUGCGAUUAUAAAAUCGGAGAAAACGCUGUGAUUAACGUGAAUGUUUACGCCAAUCCUCGGCCGACGUUCAAGUGGUCAGCGAAUCCUGAUAAAUACAUGAAGGACAAGGAUUACGAUAAAUCGAAUCGUUUUCGCAUCCAGUCGACUGAAGAUCUGGGAAAAGGUCACUGGCUAGUCAAACUGAGCAUAGACGAGCUCAGGCAGUCGGAUUUCGAAAGGUUCUACUACCUGCAAGCUUCGAAUCAACUGGGGAGUAGUUCCUACGUUGUAUUCAUAAAGAUUCAUUGUGACGAAGAACAACGCAGUAAUUUUCUCGCCAAUGGAAUCUAACUAGACUCUAUGCAUAUACAUACGCGUCAUUUAUUCAAUUCCAAGACUGUACCCUAUCCUCGCUUAUACGAACCAAUAGAGACGUAACACUGUAGCGCACUUGUCGCGUAAUAGCGGCGAUGUAUCAUUGGAUAAUAAAUACCUGACAAAAACAGAUGUCAUAUAAUAUAAACGCCGCAGAAAAGGAGGAAAAAUCAUUGCGCAAUUUCAGUCGUGAUCACUUUACUAGGAGACAAUGUAAGAACGAUUUCUUUUCGAGUAAAUUCUACAAAUAAAGAGGGAGAUUGUCGCAGAGUA